UCUCAGCACGAGCUUCCGCCAUUUUAACUUCCUGCUUUUCAAAGGAGGAGAGAAAUCACUCGAACAGUACUCGAAGCGCUUGACCGUUUAGUGUAACAUAGGGGGUGAUUUUGUUUCUAUUUUUUUCUGACAGGGGAAACAAACAAACGACUCCGAGUGGUUUCCAACCGUUCGAGUAGUUUACUUUCAGCCGGAGAGUCGCAAUGCCGAGCCACCCGCUGCGAGUAGCGGUUGUGUGCUCGAGCAACCAGAACCGCAGUAUGGAAGCGCACAAUAUCCUCAGUAAACGUGGAUUUGACGUGCGCUCAUUUGGGACUGGCACUCAUGUGAAGCUUCCUGGACCCGCCCCAGACAAGCCGAAUGUGUACGACUUCAAAACAACAUAUGAACAGAUGUACAACGACUUGGUCCGCAAGGACAAGGAACUAUACACACAGAAUGGAAUCCUACACAUGCUUGACCGCAACAAGCGAAUCAAGUCCAACCCGGAGCGCUUCCAGAAGUGCAAGGAGAAGUUUGACCUGGUCAUCACCUGCGAGGAGCGCGUCUAUGACCAAGUGCUGGAGGAUCUCAACUCAAGGGAGCAGGAGACCCUUCAACCCGUACACGUCAUCAACGUAGACAUUCAGGACAACCACGAGGAAGCGACGCUGGGCGCCUUCCUCAUCUGUGAGCUGUGUCAAUGUAUCCAACACACGGACGACAUGGAGAAUGAAAUAGAUGAGCUGCUGCAAGAGUUUGAGGACAAGAGCAACAGACCUUUCCUUCACACGGUCUGCUUCUACUGACCUGACCUGCAAUAAGUACACACACACACACACACACAUGACGCGCACACGUAGAGCUUUGUGUCAGGACCUGGCUGGGGUGUGACGCGCCCACCAGCGCAGCGGUGCGGCUCACCUCAAUGCAGAGCGCCCACUUUGCUGCCGCCCCCCCUUCGCCUUUUUACUCCUCCGCCUCCUCAAGGUUAAACCACGCCCCUCUCAGGGAGCGCCGUGACAUCACGCCCAGUCCCAACAUUUGACGCUCUGAUUUGCUCCAGUGCAUCAUAAUUACGCUCUUUUUUGUUUUUUUUUUUUUGUGAUCUCUAGUGGUGAUUGCUAUUUUAGUGGGCUCCUGCAUUUCUGUAAAUGUUUUAUUGAGCCAGGCAGGAUGAACAAUGAACUGAAAGAAAUGUUUUGUGUUGUGGAUUUAUGUUUAAAAAAAAACAAAAAAGUGGAGCUGAUCAAUAAGCAAACCUCAACGUCCUCCUGAGUGCAUUUUGAUAUUCAAAUAUGGAUGAUGCUGUUUUUUCAGGGCGUACCUUUUUUUUUUUUUUGUAAAUGUCCUUAUAUAAGAAAAUGAUGCAUUGUCAGCUCAGAGUGCCUGAUUUGUACAUGGGAAUCUACUAAAAGAAUAUAAGAAUCA